AUGCCUGCCGGCCAGCCUGUCGAUCUGUCGCUCUUUCUGUCCCUCUGUCGGAUGGACGGCAGCCCCUGGCCUUCAUGCACCAUUGCUUCACGCAUUCGCGCGCGGACACAACGAACAAAGAGCACCUUCCGCCCGAGAAACAAUAACGCGCAACGCCCCAACCCCAAGCAGACGCCCAAGCCCAGGUACUAUUCUUACUACUCUAUCCUCGUCGCGAUGCGAGCAAGAGAGGCAAUUAAGACCAUUACUUUGGCACAGCCUCUGCCUUUGAUGACGUUCUCUGCACCACACAACCCGAACACCACAACUACCACCACAACCACCAAAAAAAGCAAUCAUAUAUGCGUACAUGCAGCAGGCAUUACCACAUCCACCAUUUGA